AAGAUAUUUAUUGCGUUCCUUUCGCCUUGAGAAGUUAACAGUACGGAAGUGAAGAUUUCUUGAGUAACUGGAGGGCGGAGACGGAUACAUUUGAGACAUAAGUCAGAUCUAGAUAUAAAUCUAGACCUACUAUCCAAUACCUAAUCUAAUUGUCAGAUAAGUUGUAAAUCUGAACACCAUCAUGACUGAUAAAGAAGAUCGAACCAUAAACAACACUAUCAGCAUUAAAGCCAGUGAAUGUCCUGUCACAAAGGUCACAGUUUACAAAGACAGAGCAGAAGUUUGCAGAGAAAUAAAUACUACUGUCAAACCUGGUAUUAACGAGUUGCGCAUCAAGGAAUUUGUUUGCAUUGAUGAGGAGUCUAUCAGAGUUGAAGGGAAAGGGGCAGCUACCAUUGCAGAAGUCAGCUUUCAGAGUAAAUAUGUGACAGAGGAUCAGGCUACCAUGAGUGAGAAAGAAAAGGCUUUAAAUGAUCAGUUGCGAUCAUUGACAGAAGAGAAAAAAGCUCUUGACCUUGCAAACCAGAAGGAAAUCUUAAACAGGCAAUGGAAAGUUCUAGAUCAGUUUGCUGCAACAGCUGCCAAAAGUGGACAGGUUGAAAAGAAAGACGAACAAGUACUCUUCAAGCUUGAUGACAAUUACUUUAAAGGAAUGAAAGAGUUUAUGAAGGAGUACAAAGCUAUUGGCAAACAAUUAGAAAAUGAACGUUUAGACUUAGAGAGGAAAAAUGAAGAACUUGAUAGAAAAAUUGAAGCUGUGGAGAGGAAUUUGAACGACUUAAGAGGAAAUUAUAACACAGGGCAUGAAAACAGGGAAUGUAUUGUUGUACUGGAGGCAGAGAAAGAAGACAAAGUCUAUUUAGUUGUUUCCUAUGUCGUGAUGGGAGCUUCAUGGAUUCCAUCCUAUGACCUUCGAAUGUUUACAGAGGAGGGAUCAUUAAAGAUAUUUUACUAUGGAUUAAUCUACCAAAACUCUGGAGAGGAUUGGAACGAUGUCAAGCUAUAUCUGUCCACUGCAGAGCCGAGUGUUGGUGGCACCAUUCCAAAUCUUCCCAUGACUCAGCUAGCCAUCCGUAAACCUAUCAUAACACGACCAAAAUCCAGAAGUUUGUCUUUACGUAAGUCAAAAAAAAUGCAAACCUCUAGAGCUGCUGCUCCGUUUAAUGAUAUUGGUUAUGAAUAUGAACAAGAAGAUUCAUUUGCACCUCAAAUGAUGAUGCGGGGUAUGCCAGAGAUGCAUGUCAUGGAAGCUGAGGUCUCAGAAUCAACCACCAGCACCACCUAUGAGAUUGCUCGCCAGUCUACUAUUCCUAGUGACAACACUGAGCACAAGGUGACAGUGGCCAUCAUUGAACUGAAACCAACACUGAGUUAUUUGUCAGUGCCCAAAGUUGUGCCGCACGCCUUCCUGCAAGCCAAGGUGGUCAAUAACUCCCCGUACACUCUGCUGUCUGGACGCACUAACAUCUUCCUGGACAACAGUUUUGUUGCUAAGGCUGAGAUAAAGGCUGUAGCUCCAAAGGAAGAAUUUGAAUGUUCUUUGGGUGUGGACCCCAGUAUCAGAGUUGACUACAAGCCGCUCAACAAAGUCAGCUCCCAAAGUGGACUGAUCUCCAAGUCCAACACCACCACCUACGAGCAGAAUAUUGAAAUUAAAAACUUGCACAAUUAUGCCAUCAAAAUUGUGGUGAGGGACAACUUGCCUCGCAGCUUGGAUGAGAAAAUCAAGGUGACUCUCUUGCUUCCUCAAAUCGACAACAAACACCCAGAAAAGAAUGAAAAGGUCAAGUUGACCAAGUCCAACCACUUGGAGUGGGACCUGGAUAUCAAGGAGAUGGACAAGGUGGACCUUGUUCUGAAAUAUGCAGUGGAGCAUCCAGCUAGUGAGGACGUUGAGACCACCUUGGCCAUUGGGAACUAGAUGGAAAGGCCAGACUCCAACAUCAGACUGGACAUCAAUGAAGCUCUCAUUGACUUCAACAAAUAGAAAAGAUAAAUAUAAAAAAAAUGUUGCAAGUCUUCAAAAGACAUAAAAAUCCUAUUGUCCACAACAAAUAUAAAUGAUACAAAUUUUCUAUAACAAGUUUAGUCUUAUGAAUGUAAUAUCAUAUCCAAAUGUUUUGUUCACAUCAGAAGUUAUUCAGCUUGCAAAUUGUUUUACUUUUUGGGCAACUAUCUACAUAUGAAAUUUUUGUUUACUUUCCAUUGUUGUCUUUCUUUUUUUUUUUUUACUUAAAUCUCUAAUUUUGUAAAGGCAACAUUUCAAGAAAUUGUUAACUAUGCCUAAAUUUUUUUAUUCAGUUGCAUCCUCUUAUGUUUGCACACAAAUGUAGUCAACUAUAGUAAUGUCUUCAAGAAAUAUUGCAUAAAUAAAAAAAAGUUUUAUCUUUAGGUCAUUGAGACGUAGGAUUAUUUAUAGCAGUACAUCUCACAAGCGUGUUUGCUUUUGUUUAUUCUGAAGCUCAAUUUUAAAUGCUUCAAAUCUUGGUACAUUUAGCUAAUAUUGAAUAAUUAUAAUAUAAUAAAAUGUUAGUGAUAUUAAGUGUUUGCCAAUUAAUUUAUAAUUUCUUAAAAUUUUUGGUUCAGACAUUUACUGAACAAAAAUAAGAUUUCUUUCCACUUCAAUUGUCUACUGUUUGUUUAUUUGUCUUUGUAUAAGUCACACUUUGUAACUUGAUACCCAGUGACUUUGAUAGGUCAAUUUGAAAAAGAAACCAUCUUUUGUGUGCCUAAGUCUUGACAACUAUCAUAUAUUUGUCUAUAGUUCUAGGCAAUUUUAGAGCAGCCUUCUGUUGCAGUCCUGAACUUGAAGUGAUUUAACAACAGGAUUCUAAUUGUUUUUUCUGUUAAUCAAAUUCUACAAUGAAUGUUGUUCGAUGUGAUAUUGAUAUACAUCAUAUAUAUCAUCUGUUAGUAAAAUUUUUCUUCACACUUGAUCUUCACAAGUUGAUCUAUUUUAGACAAAUCAAAGAGUUUCUAAAGUGUGUGGUUCACAGCAGAAUUUGGGAAAUUGUUCUAUUAAAUUUGGUCAACAUUGUUAACAUAUCUAGAUGUAGCAAUGAUGUCCUUUUUCUUCAAGCAGACAUAUAACUUCAUCAAUUUGUGUUUUUCAAAAGGUAGUCUCUGUUAUGAAUCUGCUAAGAAUAAUGCAUGAACUUUGUGUUUGUAGUCAUUGUUUGUAAACAUCUUAGAUAAUAUACUGCUGUGAUCAGCAAAGCUUAUUAAGUAUGGCAAUGUCACACAUGAAAACAAGAAUGUAUUAGUCAUUAGUAUAUUUAACUAAAAUCAUUAACUGAAUAUUUCUGUGAUAGUUAUUUUCAUAUAAAUAUAUAUAUAUAUAUAUAUUUAUAUAUAUUACUUGUAGCAUUUGUCUGUUCAAAAAAUUAUUUGAUUUAAUAGUCAUUUAUUUUAUAUUUAUGAUAUGGGAAUUAACUGUAUACACUUCAUCAAUACUAUAUCACUGACAUAUAUAUAAUUAAAAUAACAUUAUGAAAGAGAAAUUGUUAGUGUUUCUGUUCAGCUUGAAGUUUAAAAUUUUAAGUAUAACCCACAUAUAAAUGUGAAGUACUAAUACUAUGUCACUGAUAACAAGUGGUCCACAAAUGUGACUGUCACCACAGAAAGAUAUUUAAGAUGUGCCAUUGAGUGUCUGGUGGAAAUCUAACUCAGAAUUUCUUCCAUUAUCCUGAUGUUUUUUCUUAAGAGAAAUCAUUAUCUGUUUUGUUGCUAUUAGAUCUAUUUUGAAAGAAGUAGACCGGUUAAGUCGGUUCCAAUUGAAUUUCUCUUUUAGACACAUCCUCAAGACUCUAAACAUCAAAAACAACAAAAUUGUAAUAUAAUUAUUUUCUUUUAAUUGAGGUAAAAAAAUAUUUAAAAAAAAAAUCACAUAUUCCUUAAGUCAUAUUGUUAUCUUAAGGAAUCAACUGUAGCUAAUAUAAUACAUCAACCUGUGAGCUAACAAAUGCAUUAGUCUGUGAGCUAACAUCAUACAUAUUGUUUAUUGUUUGAUGUGAGUACUUUUAUGCAUGUAUAGAAAAAUUGUUUUUAUAAAUGUGAAUUUUUUUUAAUGCAUAUAUUUCUUAUAUUUUAUAAUGUUAUAAAGUUUUUUUUAAAAAAGGUGUUGUUUACAUUUUUUUUUUUUUCAUUUUUGUUAUUGAGAAACCACAGCUCAGGAUUGUUCAGUGCUCUAUUGUACUAUUUGUGAUGGUAUCUUUUAAAGGUUUUGUUGUAUAUUUAAAGAGCAUAGUUUAGAUAACUGGAGACACUGAGAACAUGGAUUUCUUGGUUGAACUAAAGAUGUUUUAAUGUUAAACUGAUAUACACAAUUUCAACAAUUUUGUCACCUUAAGCUAACUUCACUAAUCAAGGAUAAACCUGAUCUCUCCUCCUGUCUUGAUGUCGCCCCAUACCUGCUUCUUUUCUUUAUUCCACACUCUGUAAUAGACUUUAAAUUUGAUUCUGCCAUGGCAUCAAGAAGCAAUGGAGUAGAAAUACUUCAGUGUCAAUAAAGCAACCUGAGCCCAAGCUAAAAUGAUCUAGGUCUCAGCUAUUUGUGGCUAGAAAUAUUUCAAUGUCAAUAAAACAACUCAAAUCAAAGCUAACUUGAUCUAGAUCUAUGCUCUUUAGUUCUUUGUAAUCAAGGCCAAAUCUGUUUUUGGGUUGUUGAAUUGUGAUUAGCUUCACUCUAAAAAGGGAAUAAUGAAAACCAUAAAGCUGUCAUAAUGACAAAAAAAUGUACUCUAGUAUAGUGCAUCUUUCAUUCUAUAGGCAUUGCUCUGGGUGCUAUGGUCCAAUCUUUCAUUCUAUAGGCAUUGCUCUGGGUGCUAUGGUCCAAUCUUUCAUUCUAUAGGCAUUGCAGUGGGUGCUAUGGUCCAAUCUUUCAUUCUAUAGGCAUUGCAGUGGGUGCUAUGGUCCAAUCUUUCAUUCUAUAGGCAUUGCUCUGGGUGCUAUGGUCCAAUGUUUUUUAAUGGACUGGCUGGGGGUAUUGGGGGAAAAAGUUUACACACUGGAACCUCUUUGAUAGUUAGCUGUUGGUCUAUACCACUCAGCCACACAUCCCACAAUAGACGUCUUUUUACCUUACCAAACUAGAUUCGGAGAUGAUCUUUUAUUUUUAGAGUGCCCCAUAUCUUGUGAAGCUUAUUAAAUGCUAAACUAAUAGGAUGGCCUGUAUCUGGACAAUCAGCACUAAUUCAAACUUGCACAUGAACCCUAGAAGCACAGGACUGGCCUUGAAACUAAUGUGUGUCUGUUAAUGUGAAGAAUAUAAUCUAUGGUUUCAUCGCCUACUCCAUUUAAUUUUCACCCUCCCUUAAUAAUGUCAAUGUAACUCUUUGUCUACUACAUACUCCCUCUCAGAGUAGUUUGUCUCCCCUGAGCAUAGUAUUUCAUGUUUUUAAUUUGUUGAAGCAUUUUUUUUCUCCCUUUUUAUAAGCACAUUUUUUAAAAAACUAUAUAUCUGACCACAUAGUUCACAAUUUUGUUUUGUUGACCAUUUCCUUCCUUCUUUUUUAUUUUCUUGUUUUCAUAGUGUUGAUUGGUUAUGGAACAACUUUUAUCCUUUUUUUUUUUUUACUAGUGUACAUAUGUUGCAGAGUUAUGGACCUUACCAUUUGUUGAGGCUAUGAUUGAAGGUAUUGAAUUACUAGUAAAUCCUACGUGUACAAAUUGUACUCAGCUUGUUAGACAUAAAUAAACAAUGCUACUGAAAGACCACAAUUAUUUUGUUAUGUUUACAAAAAUAGCAUUUCUUUGUUAGGUAAACGUGUAGUUUUGAUCACAAGAGUGGGUUUGUUACAUAUACUUUUUUUUCUCAGGCAUUAUUAAGUUUAAUUUUCUAAAUAUAGACUAACCAGAAUUCAAUAUUGUAUUUGACUUGUUUGUUUGUGGAGUAUUUAUUUUUUAAAUCACUUUUCACAAUAUAUUUUUAGAAUUAUUUUUUUCACAGACGUAAUUUUACAUAAAUAAGCAUGCUGUAAAGAAGAUUUUUAAAAAUCCUUAUUUUUAAGUUUCAUUUUGUUAAAUACCCUGCAACAGACUCAGUAAUCUAGAAAUUAAAUGGAAUAGCAAAAUGGUCACAUUGUAUUCACCAUAAUGUCCUUUGAUAUAAUGUGAACUUAUUUUUUUUAAAUUUACUGAUAGUUCUAAUAGUAAGGUUUACACUACAAGGGUAUGGGUGGUGAUAUCUAACAGGGUCCAGAUAUAUGUCUGUUCUUUCUGCGUUGGUUUAUAGAUUUUGAUAUUCAUUCUUUGUUUUGUAGUCAUUCUGGUCUUGACUUUCAACAUAUAUUUUACAUUUUGUCUGUGUUUUUGUUUAUGGUCUCAUGGAUAUAAAUUGGAACAGUAUUUGAUUCUCUCCUUCACAAGUCUUGAUUGCCUCGUUGUCUAGAUAUAUCUCCUAAUGAAGACUAUCCACUUUUCCACAGGGUGAUGACAGUUCACUUUUUUUUUUAAUAUCAAAUUAAUGACAAAAAUAUUUUUUUUUUAAUCUUUUGAAUUUGUUCAUUCAAAUUUACUUUUUUUUAUAUUGAGCAAAAAAUUGUGAAGUGACAGAGAUUUGAUUAAUUUAAAAUUGUGUUUGAAAUUGUUGAAAUGUAAUGGCAUCAAGCAAUAGUUUGACAUAAUUCAUUGUCUGCACAAUUUGAGUGAAACAAGUUUUUUUCUCUAUUGAAAUUUGAAAGAUACUUUCAGUGUUUCAUAAACAACUUGGUGUGUGUACACUCAAUCUGAUGGCCUUAGUUUGAAGUAUCUCAGGCCCUAAACUGGUUUUUAAUGUUUUUUGUUUUUGAUUGAGAUCUCAAUUUUAUUGAAAUGUUUAUACAAUUGAUGUUUAAAACAUAGAAAUGCUUGGACUUCAGAUGAAAGAAAUAAUAUUUUGUAAAAUUUUAGUGCUCAUGCUAUCUAUUUCUCAACCUGGACUAUUGACUCUCUGAAUGAUACUUGUUACAUCCAUGGAGCAGUCAUACCCAACCUAUCACCAGUUUGCUAUCUGGCCAUUGACAGUUUGCUAUUGCUAUCUAGCCAUUGAUUGGUUGUAUCUGGCUGUUGAAAGCUUGCUAUCCGGACAUUGACAGUUUGUAUAUGGCCACUGACAUUUUGUUACCCGGGCCAUUAAAGCUUCUGCCCAAUUGUACCAUGAAGCCACAAAGACUUGAUUCCAAUGGACAGAACAAGAUAUUUACUGUGAUGGGGUCUGGUUAUUGACAAUUUAUGUCUGUAGGUAAAAUAAAAUCUUUCAGAUAUAAAGAAUGAACUUCACGCUGUCAUCAUGUUAGUUCUGUGUUGAGACCUUGCUUCCUGUCAAUUCUUGCUACUCUCCAGGUUGCCUGACUUAGCUGGUCAUCUUUAAUUGAACAAAUCUACGAGACCAAGAAGUGGAUGAGUAGAAAGUUUGCUCAAUUGCCUGCUGUCACUUAAGACAUUUAUUUAUUAUUGAAGCUAUUGAUUUGCAAAGUUUUGUUUUAUUUACAAAAUCAUUUACUCUUUCAUUAUUCACUUAUUUUACACAAAGUUUGUAUUUUUAAGCUUUGAUUUUGUGCAUUAUUGCUAGAUUUAUAUCCUAUUAGCCUACUUAGAGCCCAUAUUAAACAAAAUAAAGUUUAUCAUUAUUGUU